AUGGCAACGGACCUUGUAAAAAUGGGUAUAAUUAGUUUGUUUGAUCCAGAAAAAUGUAACCUACAAUAUAUCAAAUCAAAAUUUGUGGCAAAAGUUGCGGAUAAGAUUUUAAAGGAUACUAUUAUUUCAGAGAUGUUGGAUAAUAUCAAAACAAUAAAAAAAGUUGAUAAGCAUGAAAGCUAUAUCAAUUAUAAAUACAUUUGA